CGAAUUCGCAAGCUAACAGAGUGUAUUACUUUUUUGGCUCUACACUCUAAACAAUUUACUCUAACUUAAAGCAAAUACUACUCAGAGUCAAGUAGUCCAAAACUGUGCGGUAUUUUUUUUUUUUUUUCAAGUUGUUUUCAUUUUGGUUCGUUCCCAAACACCUUACUUAGGAGAGAAGUGUGAGAGUAUUUUUAAUGUUUCUGGUUUCCGAUGAUUUUUUUUUAUAUUUUAUUCCUUCUUUCACGACCACAAUUGAUUAGUUGUGUUUAACAAAUCAAAAUAAUAACAAUAAUAAUCUACUUAUAAUAAAAAUGAAAUGAAUAUGUGAAUUUAUAAAAAAAAAAAAAAAAAUAAUUAUAAAAAAACAUAAAAUAAAAAUUGUUAUAAAUAAAAAAAUAAUCAAAAAUACUUGUUCAAUAGUACAAAAACUAUAAAAUACAACAAAAUUCUUGCCAAUUUUUCUUGAAUUAAAGUUCCUAAAUAAAUUUCUUAUCAGUUAAAGAAAAAGCUAAAACAAAAGUUCCUAUUAUAAAACAAAAAACUACAACAACAAAAAGUAUUUAUUUCAAAAAAUAAAAAAACUUUCAAAAAUCAACAACAUAACAAAUUAGAAAAAAAAAGAAAUUAGAAAAAUUAUCAAGCAAAUAUAACAUGACAGCUUUCGGUUUAGUUCUGUUAUCAAUGAUGGGUGUAGGACACAUGCAGCAGCCUCAUUCUCAUAUGGUUACACGGGCGGAAUGGGGUGCCCGUACACCCACAAUGGUAGAACAUUUUCCAGGGCCUUCACCAUUUGUUAUCAUACAUCAUUCCUAUCAACCGGCUGCCUGUUUUACCAAUGAGGACUGUCAAAGGGCCAUGAGAUCUAUGCAGGAUUAUCAUCAAUUGGAAAGGGGUUGGAAUGAUAUUGGCUAUAGUUUUGCCAUAGGUGGUGAUGGUAAUAUUUAUGUGGGUCGUGGUUUUAAUGUUAUCGGCGCUCAUGCUCCCAAAUACAAUGACAAAAGUGUGGGCAUUUGUUUGAUAGGCGAUUGGAGAACCGAUUUACCUCCUCCCCAAAUGUUAAAGGCAGCCAAGGAUUUAAUAGCUUUUGGUGUGGCUAAGGGUUAUAUCCAUCCCGAAUAUAAGUUAAUGGGUCAUCGACAAGUACGUGAUACCGAGUGUCCGGGUGGUCGUUUAUUUGAUGAAAUUUCUACUUGGCAACACUUUAGUCCCAAAGUCAAUGCUACCGAAAAUGAAGUUAAUUAAAAAUUAUAGUUCAAAUGUAAAUGUCUACUUUAGUUAGUUAAUUAAAUCAUUUUAUAAUUUAAGUAGGAUCUGUUAAGAAAUUUUUAUAUAUAUAUUUAUAUGCAAUCAACUUUGGUGUCUUAUUUUUUGCUUAUUAAAUGCAAAUAAAUUAUUUACAAAGAA